UCCAUGCAUAUCCACACCUACACAAAAGAGAGAAAAUAAAAGAGAGAUGGAGCAGCUUCAAACCAAACUAUUCGAAGCUGCAACACGAAAUUCCAUUACUUCACUUCAACAACUACUGAUUGAUGAUCCAUUAAUCCUCGAGAGAUCUCUAGUUAACCGUUUCAAUGAGACACCUUUGCACGUUGCAGCUAUGUUGGGUCAUGUGGAUUUCGUUCGAGAAAUCAUAAGGUUGCAGCCAAAACUAGUGAACGAGUUGAAUUCGCAUCUAUCUUCUCCUCUGCAUCUCGCAGCGGCUAAAGGCCAUGUCGGGGUCGUGAAGGCUCUUCUAUCGGUCGAUAACCAGGCGUGUUUGGCCCGCGAUAGGAACGAGCUUUUGCCGGUGCAUUUGGCAGCGGAAAAAGGCCACGUUGAAGUUAUGAAACUGUUGCUUGAAGCUCGACCGGAAGCGACGAGGGUUACGGCUUGUGGAGGAGAGAGCAUCUUGCAUUUGUGUGUCAAAAAUUACCAAUUGGAGGCUCUUAAGCUAAUAGUGAACAGUGUGAGAAAUGCCGGUGACUUCAUCAACUCUAGGGAUAAUGAUGGAAACACUGUCUUGCAUUUAGCUGUUGCAGAGAAGCAAGUUGAGACUGUGAAAUUUUUGGUGAGCGUGGAUGCAGUAGACGUGGAUGCAAAAAAUGAAGAUGGUUUAGCACCAAUAGAUGUUCUUACAGGAAGCAGAAGAGAUGCGAGGGACCCCGAAAUUGAGUACUUUCUUACACAUGGUGAUAAGCCAGCAAAGAAGAAGGAAAAUAAAAACAGUGUGAAUGGUUUGUUUAAGCAACAUGCUGUUUGGCUUGAGAAAGAGAAACAGACAUUAAUGGUGGUGGCUUCCUUGAUUGCGGCCAUGACUUUUCAAGUUGGAACUAACCCUCCCGAUGGUCUUUGGAAAAAACAUCCUAUUCCAAUGAAUGCAACAGACGCUAUUGAUCCUGAUGUAAUCGAACCUGCAUCCAAAGAUUCCACUGUCGAUUAUUCUAGCGAAUUCUACAUUUGGAACACAGUAGCGUUCAUAUCGUCUCUAAGCAUCAUAUUGCUUUUGACAAGUGGAUUGCCAAUAAGGCGUAGGUUCUUUAUGUGGAUCCUUAUGGUGAUCAUUUGGAUCGCCAUCUCAGCCAGCGCAGGGAGUUAUUUAUCCGUAAUAGUGUAUUUGAGAGUGGUAGAAGGAGGCCAUGAUCCGUAUACUCUAGAAGACCCGCAAGUGUACACUUUGCUUGUGUGGGUCGGAUUGAUGUUUCUCCUUCUCCUUGGUCACACCAUCCGUUUGAUAGUGAGGGGCCUUAAAAAGCUUGGAAAGGGAGUGGUCAAGUGUACACGCUCUUUGUGCUAGCUGAUUGCUACCAAUCCAUCACACAGUCGCAGCGCCUGCAUGUUUGAUUUAAUUGUUAAAUCUAUUUUCUUUUUAUUUUGUUGUUAUUUGUCGAGCAGAAGUUAUAAGCUCCACUUUGGGUUUUCUUUGCCGCUUCUUACCCAAAAUGCAUAAUAGAGUCGAACCACAUAGGGUUAAAUAAGUACAAAUAAGGGCAUUGUACUCCCUCCAUCCUACAAGAGUAUGCACUUUUUAAAUUUCGAAUCUAUGUUCUCUAAUGAUGUGAGGUUCAUUUUACACUAAUAAUAUUUUGGAUAUUUUUCA